AUGGCCGACCUAGAUGCAGAGCUGCUUGCUCUGGCAGGUGAUGACUCUGAAGGCGAGGGAAGCAUUGCUUCUUCCCCACAAAGGAGGUCUUCAUCACCUGCAAAAGAGAGUUCUCCACCUCCUCCUACACGAAAUUCAGCUGCGCGAGGAUCGAGAAAAGGCCGCAAACGAAGAAAUUACUCCGACGACGAGGAAGAAGAUAUGUCGGUAUCCGAACAAUCUGCAGCUAUGUCCGAAUCGGAGGCUGAGGCCGAUUUUGAACCUGAAGAGAAGGCCAUGUUCGCCUACGAAAGGCUAUACCACAGUGCCGCGGAGAAGGCUGAAAUCGAGGCAAAGCCGGAAAUAGAAAGAGAAGCCAUACUUGCAGAAAGAACUGAACAACUUGAGCACCAUGAGCAGAAUGCACAGCUGCGUCGCAUGCUUCUGUCUCGAGAGAAGGAGGAAGCUAAGAAGUCGGCCAAGAAGCGCAAAGCAAGUAAUGCAGAUCUAGACGAACAACGCAAAAGCUCUCGACAACGUACUAAAACUGGCGGAAGUAAAGAUGCACUUGCCGCCUACAGGAAGCAACGUGAAGAUAAGGCUGCUCUAGAAGAGCGUCGCAGGAGUGGAAAGGCUUCGCCACGACGAGAUCACCCACGUGAUGACUAUAGUGACGCAGACGCCGAGGGCGAUAGCGACAUUGACUACAAUUAUGGCAGCCGGAAGCGCCAGAAACAAAGUCCUACUCCUCCGAAGGACGAUCCACCCGCAGAGCUACAAGACAUUCAGCGUAUCCGGAUUGGCCGCGAAAACUUUGCGCAAGUCUGCUAUACUCCCGGCUUUGAGGACGCGAUCACAAACUGCUUCGCUCGCGUUUGCCUCGGCCCUGGCCGCAAUCCAGGACAAAACGAGUACCGCAUCUGCAGCAUCAAGGGAUUCCAAGAAGGCCGUCCGUAUGCCAUCGAAGGUCCAAACCACAAGGCUUUUCUCACGAACAAGUACAUCAUCGCCGCUCAUGGGAAAGCAACGAAACCCUGGUCUUUCCUAGAGUGCUCAAACAGUCGUUUCACAGACGACGAAUGGAGGAGAUACAGACUGACAAUGGCCAACGAGGACUGCAACAUGCCCACACGAGGUCAGGUCAAUGCUAAACUGGAACGAAUCGGCAAACUAAUCACCCACCGCUUCUCAGACGUCGAAAUCUCACAGAAACUCAAACAGCAACAAUCCCUACUGGACACAGUCAAUCGCACCACUGAACGCAAGGCACUAAAGCAAAAGAUCCAGGCCGCAGAAGAUGCAGGUGACGACGAACAAAUCCGCGACCUCGAAGACCAACUACUGAACCUCGUACCCUUGAAACUAGCCCUGGGCACAACCCUGCAACCCAGUCAAGUUCAGCAACAAAAAGCAAACAACGAAGCCGAUCGCCUGGCAGAACUGAACAGGCGCAAUCAGCGAUUAACAAGUGAAAACAUUCAGAAAGCAGCAAUGUUGAAGAGACGCGCCUACAAAAAGGUCGAGGUGAACCAGGUUGAUAAGGACAGACUGGUACCGCCUAAGCCCAAGGCUCUAGAUGACGAUCUUUUUGGCAGUGGGAGUGACAUAUCGAGGGCGGGAACGCCUGUCAAUGGAGCUGGCAGCAGGGCUGGCACACCCCUGAUGUCUGGCUUGAGUAAUGGCACACCGAGAAGUGGAACGCCUUUGUCCAUGAGGACCGGUGGUGAGAUGAAGAAGGGCUUGCCGGUCAUCAAGAAGGGAAAAAGAGAUGAUCAGGUCUUGCAAGGGUUGGACUUGGGGAUUGAUAUUGACAUUUAG